AUGGUUUUGACAACUGAGCUGAAUGUGCAGCAUCCAUACACACAUCUCACAUCCAUUCUUGACAAAUUAGGGCUUGCACAGUCACUUUUGGUAAACCUGACAUUAAGCUUGGUCAGUAAAGGUGGUUAUGAGCCGGAGAUGGAGGCUGAAGCCAAAGAUUUUGAAGAUGAAGCAGGAGGCAUUUUAACUACAGUGUUGUUACAAGUGUAUCACUACCAAUUAUUUGGCAAUGAAUUUCUGAUAGAAAUGGCUUGA